AUGCUUGUUCUUUGUCUCUAUCGACUCUUGUCUUGGGCUUGUAAUCGUGUUGAUAAUGCCAUUGCCGCCAACAACGAUCAUGAUCACUAUGGCACCAACGAUGAUCAUGUCAUUAUCAACAUCAAGGAAUUAACCGGUAUCGACCAAUCCGUUCUCCGAUCAAUCCCCGUCGUUGAUUUCAGCUCUAAAGACUUCAAACACAACGUUGAAUGUGUCGUUUGCCUCUCCGAGCUCGUCGAAGGAGACAAAGCCAGGGUUUUACCGACGUGUAAUCACUUGUUUCACGCUGAUUGCAUCGACUCGUGGCUUCGAUGUCAGUCCACUUGUCCCAUUUGCAGAAACAAGGUUGGUUCGGUGCCGCUAGUGACUAGACCAGAGUUUGUCCCCGACAACAACAUCUCUGUGUAA